UCCACAUUACACUUCCCUCGCCUACAUAAAACGAAGCCUCAGUAGGGUUUUAGUCCAGCAGUACCAGCGAGAAGCGUAGAACGGUCAUUGUCAUGGCUUUCCUUAGUAAGGUUGGAAAUAUACUCAGGCAGACCGCAACCAAACAGGUCAAUGCAGAAUUUUCUGCAUCCAGACCUUCCAUUUAUCAAGCAAUACGCUGCAUGUCAUCUUCAAAACUUUUCGUUGGAGGUAUUUCAUUUAAUACUGAUGAUUCAGGCCUAAGAGAAGCAUUUGGAAAAUAUGGCGAGGUCGUUGAAGCUAGGAUCAUUCAGGAUCGUGAGACUGGUAGGUCCAGAGGAUUUGGCUUUGUUACAUAUACUUCAAGUGAGGAUGCUUCCAGUGCCAUCCAGGCCCUGGAUGGACAGGAUCUUGAUGGUCGUCAGAUAAGGGUGAAUUAUGCUACUGAUAGACCACGUCCUGCCUAUAACCAAGGCUAUGGUGGUGGUGGUGGAGGCUAUAACCAAGGCUAUGGUGGUGGUGGUGGUGGUGGUGGAGGCUAUAACCAAGGCUAUGGGGGCGGUAGAGGCGGUUAUGGUGGUAAUACUAGUGGUGAUGGCUUUGGAAGUAGAGGGAAUUAUGGCAAUGACAGUUUUGUCAGUGGUGAUGGUUCCUAUGGAGGAAAUGUCAGCUCUGCCAGUGGUGGAUUUGAUGGAAGCUCUGGUUUGGGAUUUGGCGGAAAUGAAGGUAACAGCAUGGACAAUGCAGCUGGAGAUCUGAACUCUGGUGAACCUUUGGAUGGAAAUUACAGGGACAACUUUGAUGAUUCUGGGGACUUUGCAAAAAGGGCAUGAGAAAAGCCACCCAUUAGCAGAAGCAGAAGCAAAGUGAAAGUGUUAGUACUAAUAGACGGAUUUUGAUAUUUAUUUUGCCUCUUGCCAUUUUUCUAGAACUGGUUUAUACCAUUUAUCCUGGUUUCUCUCUCUGCAUUUGAAUUGUUUUUCUUUGUGAACUUGAAAAAUAGUCUUCUUUAGAAAUAAUUGUAGCUGAAAUUACUUUGUUAGA